AUGAAUUGCUAUUUGUUAACAGUACUCCUGAUCGUUGUACUGGAUGUCGUUUUGGCACGAUUACCAGCUGGACAGAAUAUCAUUAUAAUACAAAUUGAUGGAUAUGGUGCUGGAUUACUGAAUAACUCAAAACAUGAAUCAACAAUAGGUAUUCGUGAAAUUAUUGAGCAUGGUGGUCAAGCUGAAAGGCUAAAAUCUGUAUUUCCAACUCAAAACUGGCCAACAUGGGUCAGUGCUGCGACCGGAUUAUAUACUGAAAAUCAUGGAAUCAUAGCUGAUUACAUCUGGGAUUCUAAAACAGGCGAAAGCUUUCAGCAGGGUGUUGCUUCGAAUGAAUCUCAUUACACUUGGUGGAGUCAGAAGCCAGCUCCAUUCUGGUACACGGCUGCCAAACAGAAUGUAGAUAUUCAUUGUUAUUGGUACGCUCAUUGUCAUUUGCCUCAUCAAGACUUGGUUGUACAAGUACCCCCAAAACGGAUUAUUGAUGUCAACAACCCAUCUCAAUCCGAUCGAUUAUCGGAAAUUUUCCCCGAAAUAAUCAAUAGGAUCAAGAAGUAUGAAGUGUAUAGACAGCAGAUGUUUCUUAUACAUUUCUCUGGUCUAGCUCAUGCUCAAAAGACUCACGGAGCCAAUUCAGAUGAAACUGAUCAAGCUCUUACUCGUAUUGAUCUCUACUUACAUGAACUGCAGAAACUUAUUGGAGAUCAAAAUCUUUGGGAAACGACAAACUUGAUUGUCUAUUCAGACCACGGAUUAGUGCCGAUGUUAGAAGAAGAACAGUUUUAUGUCGAAGAAUGUCUGUCUGAUUAUUCGAAAAUAAAAAAAGUGGUCAAUUCGCAUUCAAUGAUGAUGAUUUAUACAGACCCAGAAGAUGAGGGACCGAUUCAUUUCGAACUCCGUGUGUGUGAUCAAUGGGCUCCUACUGGUGAUUAUGACGACUCUGACGUUCCAAUGGUUAAAGUUUUCAAGAUGUCUGAACUACCCGAAGAACUUCAUUGGAAAGAUUCACCUUUCAUGAGUGGUGUUGUACUUAUAACUAAGCCUGGAACAAGUGUUAUCACGCGGGAACUAUCCUCUAUCCCAUCCCCAACUGAAAAUCAACGGGAAUUGAAGAUGGAAAGUGGCUGGGAACCAGAAAUCAACGAACUACACGGAAUUUUUGUAGCUCGAGGACCAGCGUUCAAAGAGAAUGUCAAAGGAGGAGAAUUGGCGUUAGUCGAUCUUUACCAAUGUUUUUUGAACAUUCUGGGAGUCGAGCCAGAUCACGAUCACAAUGGCACAUGGGAUGGCAUUGGAGAACUAAUGACCAAAGGAUGGGAAGAGAGACCGACAUCUAGACAGAAUUCUGGCGUUGUUUACUGCAAUUAUAUUCCCCUUCUUCUUUCAGUUCUAUUACUCUUACGAUUUUAA